AUGCCUAUUUGUAACCUCUCAGGCACGAGCUGUGGCCGGUGGAGUUCAUGGAUGUGCAAGGACAAGGAACUUCCACCAGUACUGAUCAUUGCUUCAAUUUCCAUAUUAGGAACGUGUCUGCUCGUAUGGGUAUCCAAGACAGCAAGAGGAAAGGCUCAGCUUCCACCAGGGCCCCGUGGCUUUCCCAUACUUGGCUACCUUCCAUUUCUAGGCCCCAAUCUUCACCAACUGUUUAUGGAAUUGGCACAAAAUUACGGUCCAAUCUACAAGCUCUCAAUUGGGCAGAAGCUAUGUGUCAUAAUAAGCUCUCCAACUCUAGUAAAAGAGAUUGUUCGCCACCAGGACGUCACAUUUGCCAACAGGAAUCCAACCAUCGCAGCAAAAACAUUCUCCUACGGUGGAAAGGACAUUGCCUUCGCACCCUAUGGCCCCAGUGGCGCCUGCUACGCAAAGUAUUCGUGCGCGAGAUGCAGAGCAAUGCAAAUCUUGAUGCAUUUUAUUCUCUUAGGAGAAGCAAGGGAUGUUUUCGGGUGGAAACCUCGGCCAGGAAGGGACAUCGAUAUUGGGGCCAAGUUUCGGGUAGCAGUGGCGGAGCUGGUUGAGAUACUGGGAAAGCCAAAUGUUUCAGAUUUCUUUCCCUUCCUUGCGAGGUUUGACAUACAGGGAGUGAAGAGGAAAAUGGAGGAGGUAUCACAACGGAUUGAGAAAAUCUAUGACCAUGUGAUAGAUCAGUGCAUAAAGAAGAAGCAGCAGCAAAGUGGAGAGAUGGAAAUUACUGACAGGAAGGACUUCUUGCAUUUCUUACUGGAGUUUAAAGAGCAGGACACUGAGAAAUCAAUUUCCAGACAACAAAUCAAGGCCUUGCUUAUGGAUAUUGUGAUCGGUGGUAUCGAUACAAGUCCAACCACGGUGGAAUGGGCCAUGGCAGAAAUGAUGCUACAUCCCCAAGUGAUGAAGAAAGCCCAAGAGGAACUGACAAAUGUGGUGGGAAUCAACAACUUAGUUGAAGAAUUCCACAUUCAAGAAUUACCAUAUUUACACUCAAUAGUGAAGGAGACGUUAAGAUUGCACCCAGUGGCUCCAUUACUCCUACCCCGUUGCCCCACUGAGUCCUGCAACGUAGGUGGCUACAUUAUCCCAAAGGGCACUAAGGUUUUCUUGAACGUCUGGGCUAUGCAUAGAGACCCUGAAUUUUGGGACCAUCCCUCAGAGUUCCAACCAGAGAGGUUCUUUGGUCCUCGUAGGUUGGAUUAUUUGGGGAACCAUUUACAGUAUCUUCCGUUUGGGUCCGGUAGGAGGAUUUGUGUAGGUCUUCCUCUAGGUGAAAGGAUGGUAAUGUACUUGUUGGCCACAUUCUUGCAUAUGUUCAACUGGAAAUUGCCCGGUGGUGCAAAUCCUGAUACGUCAGAGAAGCUUGGGAUUGUCUUGGAGAAAUCUACUCCACUAGUUAUUAUUCCAACUCCUAGACUGUUCAACUUGGAGCUCUAUACCUAGAAAUAAUAAGGUGAUGCAGCCAUCUUGAAUCUAAAUCGGAUAGUUACGAACAUAGGAUUUGAGUAUGGAAGUACAUGCAGCGUAUUAAAUUUUUACGAAAAUUUCUCAGAUACCCUUUACUCUGCUGCUUUUCUAAGGGCUUUCUUUUGUUCCUUUCGGGUCUGCUGUUUCUCUACCCGUGUUGCUGUUUUUCUUCUUUUUUUUCAUUAGGCUUGUUGG